UCACUUUCGCGUUGUAACUUGGCCGUGAAAAUGCGAGCGUAGUAUUUUAACAAACUUUAAUAUUUACGAGUUUAAAUAAAGAUAAAACAAUAUGCUGCGAAGGCAGGCGCGUUUGCGCCGCGAGUAUUUGUAUAGGAAAUCAGUGGAAGAUAAACAGAAGAAUAUACAAGCUAAGAAAGAUCAGAUCAAAAGGAGUUUGGAAGAAAACAUUCCUAUUCAUGGAGAUUUAAGGAAAGAAGCGCUCGCUUUACAGAAAAAAAUCGAUUUUGAGGAUAAAGGACCUCAAAGAGCAGCAGUGAUCGGUGGCUUCAGUGGCGGUGCUAACACCCAGAGCUCACAGGAUGAUGAAUACCGGUACGCCGGGGUUGAGGACCCGAAGAUCAUGAUCACAACGUCUAGAGAGCCUAGUGCUAGGCUCAAGAUGUUUGUUAAGGAACUUAGGUUAAUAUUCCCAAACAGCCAGCGUAUGAACCGAGGUGGUUACGAGAUGUCCCAGCUUAUUCACGCCUGCCGCGCCAACGAGGUUACAGACUUCAUUGUGGUCCAUGAGCACAGGGGCGUGCCGGACGCUUUGGUUAUAUGCCACCUACCAUACGGGCCUACAGCGUCCUUCACUCUCUCCGGAGUUGUCAUGCGACACGACAUCCCAGACAUAGGACCCAUGUCUGAACAGUACCCACACCUCGUGUUCCACAACUUUAAGACUGAUUUGGGUCUACGAGCGAUGAGCAUUCUGAAAUACCUGUUCCCAGUGCCUAAAGCGGACUCGAAGAGGGUCGUCACUUUCGCGAACAACGACGAUUAUAUCAGCUUCAGACAACACACGUACAGAAAGGCGGGUAAAGACAUCGACCUAACAGAAAUCGGUCCCCGCUUCCAAAUGAAGCUGUACGAGAUAAAACUGGGCACACUGGACGCUUUGGACGCUGCCGACACUGAAUGGGCACUGCGUCCCUAUAUGAACACCGCUGCUAAACGACGAUUCUUGAGUUUGGAAGAUGGAUGGAAAGAGGAGCAACAAGAAUAAAUAAAUAGCUUUUAUAAA